GCCUCGGCGGUCAACGAGCAAGAUGGUGAUGCAGCUCCUCGUACGGUGUCCCGAAGGCCAACAGUUCCUUACGAUUACGGACCACCCUGCUGAGAUGACGGUUGAGUCCUUGGCCAGGCAGAUCUCCCGAGAGUCCAAGGUCGUGGGCGUCACGCUAGUCGGCGCGCCGGGACUUCAAAAGAAGUUUGGCAACGACUCAGGGGAGUCGUCGUAUUUUGUGCUCCCAGGCUACGCCAAGGUGCAACAUGUACUGAGCGAGCUCGAUUUGGUGCACGUCCAUCCCGAACACGUUUAUACGGCAGCCGACUCGCGCAAAUCGACGAUGUCCACCACGACAAGCGACAACAACCAACCCAAGCGAAAGCAGCCACAUCAGCCACACGACGAGGCCUCGAAGAAGGCCAAGAUGACAACUCAUGAUAAAGCCCCCAAACUGGUGACUACCGGCACUGCACCCAAGCAAUCUGGAGCUUCGAACGGUGGCAAGCCGCCUGCUCCCGCCACGGUCUCUACGACUGACCAGCCUGGAAAGACGAAGAAAAAGAAAAACAAGAACAAAAAUGCGGACGCGGCGUCUGCUCCAACUGUGGCUGGUGCUGCCAAGAGCAGCGCCUCGAUGAUCGCAGAAGCCGCUGCUGCCAAGGCAAUCUCUCCAGCUCCGAAGAAAACGACGGACGGAGCCACCUCACACCAAGACUACACAUCCAAGAAGGCGAAAGCCAGCAAGACCACCGACGCUGCCAAGGAAACCAACAACGAAGGCUCUCCUCCCAAGAAGCAAGGAGCGAUGCCUAUCGUCGUGGAAACCCCUGCUGUGGACUCCACAUCAACCGAAGAUGCUCCAGAGGCUACCAAGGCAAAAAAGGCUUCGCCAACCAAGAACGCGACGGCUGAAGUCGCCAGCGCCGCAACUGAACCCGGUACCAAGCCCACCACAAAGAAGGCCAAACCCGCCGUUGACAACACGUCUCAUGUCGAGGCCGAGGAUGACCCUGCUGACGCGACAUCAGAACCAAGGAAGGUGCAUGCGAAAGCUGCAUCGAAACCUAAACAUGUCGAAGGCGCCACUACUGACGACGCUCCCCUUGCCAAAAAAUCCAAAACGUCUGCGAAGCCAGGCGCUGCAAAGGAAUCAACUCAAGCAGUAGACAAGGCUACUGAUGGCGCCGAUGAAUCCGCUAUCAAGAAGGCGAAGAAGGCCGUCGAGUCCGAGGCCGCUGCUAAAGCCAAGCAUGCAUCCACAUCGUCUGAGGCGACGCCUGCCAUCGUUGGCAAAACGACCGAAGAAGCUCCGGCACCCAAGAAGCGAGGGCGUCCUGCGUUUACCCCGGAACAGAAGGAAGAGGCGGCUCGCCUACGAGCUCUGGCCAAGGCUGCCGCGAAGACUGCAGCUCUCGCUGCUGUCGGUGACGCUUCGGACGAUGAUGUCCCGAUCGUGAAGAAGACGAAACCCAGCAAGAAAUCCGCAGCGGCGGAUGAUUCGAAGAAGAGCCCCAAGACGCCCGUCAAGAAGACAAACCCUGCGCCUUCAGCUGACGCCGGCAACACCACCGACACCGAACCGUUCAAAUCUCCCCCCCGCAAGACCUCUGCAGCCCGCAAAGUCGUUGCGUCGACGCCUCCGCCGGCCAAACCGUCUACCGCAGCGGCACUAGCUCGUUUGGCGUCUCAAAUGCCCGAUUACUCGGACGACGACUCCGACCUAGAGAUUACUACCAAGCCAAAACCGAUGCCCAAGAAGACUGCCACGGACACGGACAAGGCCGUGCAGAAGAAGCGACCGAAGUCCAAGACCGCCGACGCCAGCGGCACCAAGAACUUGACGAAAUCGACGGUGUUCGACUCGAUUGCCCAAGCAAAGCGCCUCAGCAUGAGCGGCGACUUGGAGCUGUCCAAGGCCGCGAACCCUUUCCAGAAGGCGAAGAAGGCUGCCAGCGGCGUGAUUUCGCUCUAGAGUUUUUGUUCCGUGUGGAAAGUUGUGACGAAUGCAUUGAACAACCUUGUCAUAAACACGAGAGACUUUUGUCGAGGGA